CUUGCUUCCACUUGGAAGGCUAGGUAUGUCAUGAAGGGCAUGGAGAAGUUCAAAAAGCAAGCAAGAUCAGGUGCCUAUCUUGCCCCUUUCAGUGUACUUUGUGUUUCCACCCCAUUGUAUGGUACCUGUUCAUGCAAGACAAAGGCUUUCACUGGACUUUUCCUGCCUCUCAGCGUGCUGUCAUCUUGUCUGUAGGUGGGAUUCAUCCCAGGAACCUUCGUUGCCUCUUCAACGGUGCAAAUCUGAAGUGCAGCUGGGAAGUGAAGAAAGCGAUUGCCAGCUCUGUCAUCUUUGCCUUGUUCUUCAGGACCACUCCAGCAUCAGCGGAAGAGGAGUGCACUCCUGUGUACGAGAAGGCUUUGCCCCAUGUGCCAUAUGUGGUGCAGAGCUGUGGGAUCCCUGUUAGCAAAGUGUCUGUGCGGACCAAGACGGAGGAGAAAUUGAUAGAAGCCUACAAGAACAUUAAGGUGCUGCCACCUGCAAAUGUGUCAGUGGAACUGAUGAAAAACCAAGAGUAUGAACUGAGGUGGAAAAAACACACUUUAUGGUAUGAUCCACUGCUGUACCAAGUCCAGUUCUGGAAGCACAACCAAUAUGAAAAGACUGUGCAGACAAUAAAUAUUACCAAUGAUGAACCUCCCUUCAUCUUCACUGAUCAGAUGUUGUCACCGUCUACAAAGUACAGGGGAAGAAUGCGUGCAAUGGUGAAUAAACAGGAUUAUCAGGGAUACUGGAGUGAAUGGAGCGAGGAGUUCGCCUGGGAAACUGAGAAUGUACUUUCACCAGUGGUUCUCCCAUUGAUGCUCCCAGUUCUCAUCAUCACUUUGCUCGUUGUUGCUUACUGCAGCUCUAAGUAUUUACUCAGGCAGAAGAAGCUGUGGGAGGAAAAGAUUCCAAACCCCAGCAAGAGUCUGCUGAUCCAGAGCUACUUGAAGAAAGUUCCUCUAAGAAACAGGCAUGCAAGCAGCCAGCUGGACUUCAGCAAAUGCAGCCUUGCGGAGAACAUGGAUCAGCCUAGCUUCCUUCAAGUUGUGGACAGGCAGAUGAAGAUUUUGGCAGAGUCCCCUGAAGUGCAGACUGAAAGGACAAAGGUUUCUUCUCCUGCAUUGGACCUACAGCACCCAUGCCAUGCUUUAAAUGCCCCAUGUGUCUGCCCAAGGACAAACUGUGCUGAUGCAAGUAUAACUUCCCAGACAGUAAUCACUUGCUUUGCUUUCAAUGGCCCAUACUUGUACAGCCCAGUGAUGUCUUCUCAGCCUGAGGUGCAACAGACCCUGGAUGUGACUUUGAAUCCAAUGGGAAAACAGGAGAAAGCAAUGUCCCUGCAGUACGUGAACCUUCCAGACAAAGCCAGUCCCCAGGCUGCACAGAGGCAAGAGCAGCCAGGAGCAAGUCCUCUGCAGCCCUUCCUGCUCCCAGAGCAGAAGGAAGUGAUGCAAUACCUCAACAAGAAGGAAAUUUCACCACUUCCCAUCACCUGUGGGAAAAGCACAGACGUGAGAACAGAAGAGCAGAAGCCUCCAGAAGCUCCUGGCUGUCCGGCGUUCCUUCAGCAGUGCCCCUUGGAGUACAUCACCACAGACAGCCUGUUGCUGCCAUCAGCCAGCAGCACCACACACCUGCCACUUGCCACUGCUGAGGGGAAACCCUGUGAUACACAGGAGACCCAGCAGGCCACUCAGCUGUUCAAAAGCCUGAAGUCAGAUGAUUACUUCUCCUGGCAGCAAUCUUUGAGGAUCACAGAAAAUCUGUUAGAGUAAAUAUCAGUGAAUAGAAAGGCUAAGAGUAGUUGAAAGAGGUGGCAGCUAUCUGAUAAAAAUGAACUCUGCAAGCUAAGAGCAAAUAAACAAUUCCUUUUUCUAUCUUCCAGUGCAAUGUGUUGAAAGCCAUGGCUUGAUCUCAUCCUCAGUGACCUUUGCAAUUUUGUCAUGAAAGGCAAUCUAAAUAUUACCAUGUUGAGAGACAUGGUGUUUUUGAACUUUUAGGCUUAACAUGGAGACAUUACUGAAAUAUACAUAUUGGAGGAAUUCUUAAGGACUUACUCAGUACAGUAAAAGGAGUGGAAUGGGCGAGUAAAGGAGAACAAGAUGAGAGAGAAGAUAUGGAGGUGCAGAAGCCUGUGUCUGGUGGGGUUUUUCCAUUUCUGUAUGUUAAAAUAUUAAAAUGAUUUUCUUUUAAGUUCA